GACAGAACUCACAGCUCCAUCCGAAAUCUCUGUGAUACAUUUUCAGUGUUCUUUGGGGAAAAUAUGGAAAUAACCAAGACAUCUGGGAUGAGGGACGCCGUCCUUGUGCUCUUACUGGCUGUUCUUCAGGGAUUUCGACUUGUGGAUGCCCUUCCAAACCCAUCACCUCUCCUGGGAUCCAACUGGGGGAAUCCGAGAAGAUACGUACACCUGCAGACGUCUUCAGACGUGAACAAUUUCUACCUUGAGAUCCGUUUAAAUGGCCACGUGCGCAAAACUACACUUCGAAGCUCAUACAGUGUGAUUGUAUUGAAGGCGGAAACAAGAGAGCGCGUGGCGAUACUUGGAGUCAAAAGUAACCGCUACCUUUGCAUGGAUGCCCUGGGAAACCCCUUCAGCUCUACUGUUUGCCACAAGGAAGACUGUCUUUUUAACCACAAGUUAUUGGAAAACCACCGCGACGUGUACUACUCUUGCAGAACUGGUAUUCUGCUCAACUUGGAAGGGAUAAAGCAAGUGUUCACGGUGGGUCAGAAUCUACCGCAAACCUCCCUCUUCCUAUCGGAGAAGAACACGGUGCCACUGGAGCGCCUCUUACACCGGGAGAAGAGAAAUCGGGUGGUUGACCCUUCUGAUCCGUACAACAUGCUGGGGCAUACGGAGGAGGAUGAGGACUCCCGGGCUAUGCCGGAGCUGGAUGACACCUUGGAGAUGGACCAGGAGGCUGAACUCCCCGAGGGACGCAACAUCUCCAGGGAGACCCCCCAAUCUCCCUCCGACGACCCGUGGAACGUGCAUUCCCUAAACGCCCCUCCCAGCCCCCGUAUAAUGAAUGCAAUGGUGGGAUAA